AUGCCUGUUGACCCGAACCGGCCGGUUCCGCUUGUGGUGUGCCCCAAGUCUAGGGGAGAGGCUCGGGCGGAGGUUCGGGCAGGGGAAGGAAGGGGGAGGGAGGGCGGAAAGGCAUCCCCAUCUGCUGCAGUGUCUGCACCUGGGGCCUCUGGUUUUACUUCCGGUUUCACCACUCCUCCCUUGCCUUACUCCUCUCAAUCCGUAUCCUCAUCCUUACUAUCCUCGUCCCCACCUCUAUCCUCGUUAUUGGCUGUUCCACAAUCAUCAUCAAUAUCUGCGUCUCUUUCCUCAUCUUCCGACCUAUCACCCAUGUCGUCCUCGUCGUCGUUACUGCCACAUUUGUCCUCCUCCUCCUUACCAUCGCCAUCGCCAGCAACAGCAGCAACAGCGGCAGCGGAAGCAGACGCAGCAGCAGCAGCAGCAGCAGCUGAAGCGAAUUUGACUGGGCCAGAUGCGGGUGGCAAGGGUUGUCUGCUUGUGGCAGUGGGGAGUGUGGCGGUGUGUGUGACUGAUGACGGCCUGAGGGCAUGGGACAUGCGGCAGGCCAUGCUACCUGAUGCAGCAGGGGGAGAAGCGAAAGUAGGAGCAAUAGGAGAAGCCAAGGCGGGAGCAGCAGGAGCUGCCAAAGAGGGAGCAACAGGAGAAUACAAAGCAGGAGCUCCAGGGGGAUUUGACACAUCAGUGGCAGCAGCAGCAGAUUCUGAAGGCGUGGCACUGGUGGCGGACUGGCAGGCCCAUACAGCCACUGUGACUGCUCUGGUCGUCACUCCCUAUGGCGAGCUGUGGUCGGCAGGUGAUCGUGGCAUCAUCAAGGCAUGGUCCCGCCUCUCCCUCACCAACGAGCUUCACCGAACCAUGCACCAUCUAGAGGAGGGUCUGGAUGAGGGGAGGGAGGAGAGGAGGUGUAGGCCAAUGGCGUCUGAUCUGCAGCAGCAGCAGCUGCAGAAUGCUGACGUGGCAGGGGACCCUGUGCCGAACCGCAUCAGCCCUACGUGCGUGGAGCUUCGGCAGCACCGAGCCUCGUCAGGCUCGGCGGCGGCCGAACAGGCUCGGAAUGACAUGGGGGGAGUUCACGACUCCAGCAAUCUAAGAGGAUAUGGUGGGUUCAGUAGUAGCAGUAACGAAAACCGCACAAGCUAUGACCCUGCUACUGCCAAUGCUGCUGCCGCUGCCACUGGUGGUGCUGGCGUUGGUGCUGCUGGCUCUGGCUCUGGUGCUGGUGCUGGCAAUAGCACUGGGACUUCACCCAGGGCACUAUCACCUAUUUCUGAGAGCAUGUCAGCUCUACCGCCGCCUAACGUUUCAACCGCGCGUGGAGCUGUGAGGGUGAUGGUGGCAGAUGCGGCGAACGGAUGGGUGUGGACGGCUGGGCCUGCCUCUGCAUGCAUCUGGGACGCACGAAAAAGGGAGCUGAUUCGAGCUCUCUCCUCCCUCUCAGACCCGAGCGCGCGUAUGGAAGGUGCGUGGAAACUUUUAGCUAAGUCCCGGGAAGUGCUGGGGAAAGCUAAGGGGGCAGUGACUGAUGCUGUAAGAGCGGCUGCAGCAGCAGGGAAAGGAGAGGAGUACUUAAGUGGUGGUGGUGGUAGUGGUGGUAUUGACGAUUUGGAUACAAGUGCCUGGCCUUCCGCCUUCCCCUCGCCUCCCCUGGAAUCCGCACUGCACGCCGCUCUGGCCGCCCAAUCCCAGGCGUUCACUAAAAGACGAAAGCUGCAAGUGGCAACUGGUACCUGGAACGUGGGGGAGGAGAAACCUGACGGGGAGACGGUGCAGGCUUGGCUGGGGGAGGUGGCUAGAGGGGCGGAUGUGGUUGCAGUGGGGUUGCAAGAGGUUGAGAUGGGUGCAAGGGCCAUUGCCCUCGCUGCUGCAAAGGAAUCGGUUGGGAUGGGUUUGCAGGAGAAAGAGAGCGGUGCUGCCCAGGAGUGGACUGCGGUUAUUCGCAAGGCCCUUGGUGCUGCUGGUGGUUCUGCUGGCUCUUCUGGUGGUGCUUCUGCUGCUGCUUCUGCUGCUGGUUCCUCUGAUCCUUCCUCUAUCUCUGCCCCCUCUUCCUCCUCUGCUGCUGCUGCCUGUGCGGAUGAUGGGUUUGUGCGAAUCGCGUCACGACAGCUGGCGGGCAUGAUGCUGACAGUGUGGGUGCGAGAGUCUCUCCUUCCGGAUAUAUCUGACGUUGAGACCGGAGCCGUGGCGUGCGGUUUCGGCCGAGCGCUUGGCAACAAGGGAGGGGUGGGCGUGCGCAUGACAAUAUGCGGGCGCGUCUGUGCAAUCAUCAACUGCCACCUGGCGGCACACGAUAACGCGACAGCUAAGCGGAACGAGGACUGGCAUCGCAUCUACACAACUAUGGAAUUCGGGCGAUCCAUGGGGACCGUUGGCACUGCCGCCACCAAUGCUGCCAAGGCAGCUGGAGCUGGCUUUCAAUCAGCCGUACAGGGUUUUGUGAAGGCAGCAGGGAGGGGAGUGGGAGCAGGAGGGGCGGCAGGCUUUGUCCCCAUCUCCAGCACUCAAGGCGCGGAUGUGCCGGGCUCUGAUUGGCCAAACGCUGCAGCUGGCAUCAGCAGCAGCCCCAGCAUUGGAAGCGUUGAUUUGUAUUCUGUGCCCUCCUCGCCUCGCCCUGACCUGGCUCAGAGCGAUCUGCUCAUCUGGAUGGGCGAUUUGAACUACCGCCUUGACGGGGUUUCAUACGAGGAAGCAUGCAGUGCCGUGGCAAGGAGGCAGUACCCGCUGCUUCUGGCGUGUGAUCAGCUGAGAGUGGAGAUGAAGGCUGGGAGGGCGUUUGUGGGCAUGCAGGAGGGAGCGGUUGACUUUGCCCCGACCUACAAGUUCGAUCGCGGGACUUUCAACCCCCUGGCGUAUGAUUCCGGUGAGAAGCGAAGGGUCCCUGCAUGGUGCGACCGGAUCCUCUUUAGAGACAGCUUCACUAGCAGCAGCGCAUCCCAGACUGGGGGAACGAGUGGGGCUGACGCCUCACCCUUCCAAAGGAGGGAUGGUGGCAGCAGUGUUGGCACCAGUGGUGGAGCAAGUUUUGAGGCGCCUCAAAACCAAUCUCAAAGGCGGGAUGGUGGUGGCAGCGGUGGAGUAUUGAAGGAUGGUGUCUCCAAGAACAGAGCCACUCUCUCCCAUCCUGUUUCAGUCGAGCUUCUCCGCUACACGUCCUGCAUGGCGGCCUUUCAGAGAAAUCACAAGCCCGUCACCUACCUCAUGCAACUCACCAUCGCAUACCCUGAUGCUGCUGCUGCUUUAAUGCGCUCUCAGAGGACCGUGGUUACCCGCCUCCUCACAUCUCCACUCCUCUCCACCCCUCUCUCCUCCACUAGCACCACUAGCUCUGCUACCCCCACCCCUGCCACUGACCUCCUCUCUUUUACUGCUGAAACUAACCUUCCUGCUGGAAUCAACCUCUCUCCCACUGCCUCCUCCUUUGAAACUUCCACACUCUCCUCCCCUCUAUCCUCCCCUCUCUCCUCCCCUCUCGAGGCAUCACAAGUUUCAUAUCCCCCUCUCUCCUCGCUGCUCUGGCAAACGGCAGCAUCCCACUGCUCCUCUCUCGUUGCUGCCGGCACUAGUGUGAGAAUAGACCCCACUACAGGGAAAGCUUCGGUUGUGGUGAGCAAUAAGGGUGAUAAGAGCACAGGGCAUGCGAUGGGUUUUAGAGUGGUUUGCGAGGGGGAGGGUGAGAGUGGGUGGAAGGUGGAGGGGGGUGUGGGAUGGAGGGGGGAGGAGAAGAGGGUGGGAGGGUCCGGCACUGGGAACGACACUGGGUUGACUACCGAUGGAGAUGUGGUUACAAGGGGAGCGGGGGCGAGAUGUGAUUGGCCGAUUUGGCUGCAGGUGCAACCUGGUUCAGGCGUCAUCUCACCAGGAGAAUCUGCUACAGUGGAAUUCACGCUUCGACACUCGGAAUGCGUAGCAACAGCAGAGCAGAGCAAGGAGGGCAUGAAGCCUGGUAGUGGGGUAAGCACAUCUCUGCAUGACACAGCAAGCCCGACCGAAGGCAGUGUGCUUGUGAUGAGAAUGACCACAUGGGGGCCCUCUGCUUUGACUCUGCGGACGCAUAUAUUGGCCCUGGUCAUCCCGCAGAUUGUUUAG